AUGAACAAACUCAUUAUCUUAUUAACGGUUUUCACAAUUUUUUUCACUUUUAUUUCAUCGUUUCCAACAACUUUUGAUAAACGUCAAUCAUUUACCCCAGCUAAAAAUAUAUCAAGUAAAUCGGAAUUCACUUAUUACUGGGUUUCAUUCGAAAAUGAUUUCAAAAGUACCAAAACAGCUGAUGUUAAAACAUGCAAAGGUAAAUUAAUUGCAACGGUAAAUUUGGAUUUUGCUAUUGAUAUGAAAACGGAAGGAACUGGUAUAACUAAGUCCGGUAGAGUCAUUAAUCUUGGUGAUUGUAGCUGUGGUUCAAAUUCAUUUUCUUGUUUUGAAGAACUUGAUAAAACAAAAUUUCCUUUCGGCAGUUCAUCGAAUGAAACACCAUUGAUUCCUUACAUUACUGUAGCGGCCAAUGAUAUUCGUGCAGGAACAUUACUCUACAUUAAAAAACUUGACGGAAUGAAAUUGCCGAACUCUAAAGUUCACAAUGGUUGCGUUAAAGUUGAUGAUAAUGGUCACGGAUUCGGGGGAAAACAUAUUGAUUGGUUUGUCGUUAAAGAAUCUAAUUAUGAGUUCUUGGAUAAUAGAGAUCCAUUCACUAGUGUUGUAGUAUCCAAUGGUACAUUACCAAAUGGACAAAAAUGUGCUCUUUUAAAUUAUUCAUAAUAUGUACAAAUCUUUUCUUUUUUUAAUUUUUAAUAGCUUAGAAGAUUUUAAUUUUAUAAAUUACAACUAUAGAUAUGUAUUUACUUAAUAUAUACUGUACAGUAAUUGGUUCGGAUCUGGAAUUCGAAUAAUUGUUUUUGAAUCACUUUUUGUAAUAAAUUUUGAAUUAAUAAUAUAUUAACUGAAGUAAAUAAUAUUAUAUAUUGACAAUAUCGGUU